AGCCAAAUUAGCAUCGAUGAGGCUCUCGCGAACAUGGCGGAUUUCCUGCCGUCGCGCUCCGUGCUCAAAGUUUGCCUGCCCGUGUGUCUGCUCAACAGCGGCGAGGUGGAGCAGGUCCGCCGCUCCAAGGAGAUCGACCGGCGGCUCUCCCGGGAGAAAACCUACGUGAAGCGCCUAGUGAAGAUCCUGCUGCUCGGCGCGGGCGAGAGCGGCAAGUCGACGUUCCUCAAACAAAUGCGGAUCAUCCACGGCCAGGACUUCGACCAGAGAGCCCGAGAGGACUUCCGAGCCACCAUUUACAGCAACGUUAUCAAAGGCAUUCGUGUGUUGGUGGACGCCCGCGAGAAGCUGCACAUUCCAUGGGGGGACCCGGGCAACCAGCAGCGGGGCGACAAGCUGAUGGCUUUCGACACACGUUCGUCCAAGAUGGUCCGCGGGCAGCUGGAGACGCCCGUCUUCCUGCAGUACCUGCCCGCCACCAAAGCCCUGUGGGCCGACACCGGCAUCCAGCACGCCUACGACCGCCGUCGUGAGUUCCAGCUGGGCGAGUCCGUCAAGUAUUUCUUGGAUAAUCUGGAUAAGCUUGGCGAGCCGAAUUACCUGCCGAGUCAGCAGGACAUAUUACUGGCCCGAAAGCCCACCAAGGGGAUCCACGAGUACAACUUCGAGUUGAAGAACGUCCCCUUCAAGAUGGUGGACGUGGGCGGCCAGCGGUCCGAGCGGCGACGCUGGUUCGAGUGCUUCGACUCGGUCACCUCCAUCCUCUUCCUCGUAUCCUCCUCCGAGUACGACCAGGUUCUGAUGGAGGACCGUCAGACCAACCGGCUGUGCGAGUCGCUCAACAUCUUCGAGACCAUCGUCAACAACCGCGUCUUCGCCAACGUGUCCAUCAUCCUCUUCCUCAACAAGAUGGACCUGCUGGAGGAGAAGGUGAAGAGCGUGCCUCUCAAGGACUACUUCCCCGACUACAGCGGGCCCGAGCACAGCCUGCCCGACGUGCAGGCCUUCAUGGUGGAGUGCUUCCGGGCCAAGCGACGCGACGCCACCCAGAAGCCGCUCUACCACCACUUCACCACCGCCAUCAACACGGAGAACAUCCGGCUGGUGUUCCGAGACGUCAAGGACACGAUUCUCCACGACAACCUCAAGCAGCUCAUGCUCCAAUGACCCUCUGUGCACGACCUACAAGCGGGACUCGAGAAGAAGAAUCGGGUAGAACUCAUCGGCUGCUUAUACGUUAGUGAGUCGUGGUUUGGUCGUUGAUGGUGCAGUGCAGCGCUUACCAGACGUCUUUUGGCUACACGCUAAACGUUUCACACCGGGGAAUCGAGAGGACGCUCAAAGGUUUCAGUUGUCUCUGUUUGCCCGUAUUUUUUUUGUUUUGUUUUUUGUCUGAGCACUGAAUUCACUCAAGUAACUCGAGUCGGUUAUUGCACUGUCCAUCCCUGCCCCGUGCUGCUUUGUGAAUAGAUAAAGAGCAGACAGCCAACUUGUACCUUUCUCUCAAAUUUUCCCAGCCCCGACCAUCUCCCAGGUCACGAGUUGAAUGUCUGCGGGGAAAAAAACUGAAUGAACCUGUGAUGCCUUAACAGAGACUGAAUUACUGUCUAAAAUCCUGCAUUUUGUGCCAGCAGUAAAUCCCAACCACUGUGCCAUGAGAGCUCAUCAAGUCCGCUGCGGGAAAUUAUCUAAUUUCACUAAAUUGCCCCCCCCCCCCCCAAAAAAAAACCUACUGACUAUAAAUGUCUUUAUUCCUCUAUCUAUGCCAGUGACGUAUAGUGACAGGCAGGAGAAUUAAAUGCACUUCCACCAGAUGGCAGAAUUAACCUAUGUAUCCACUUUGUGACAGUUUUGCUUGGUGGUGUGCUGUGCAAUUUUUCUAAUGUAAAUUUUGUGCCUUGACUCAAUAACGGUGGACGACUGGUUAGAGCGUCUGCCUCUCAGUUCUGAGGACCAGGGUUCAAUCCCCGGCCCCGCCUGUGUGGAGUUUGCAUGUUCUCCCCGUGCCUGUGGGUUUUCUCCGGGUACUACGGUUUCCUCCCACAUCCUAAAAACAUCCGUGGUAGGUUGAUUGAAGACUCUAAAUUGCCUGUAAGUGUGAAUGUGAAUGCGAAUAGUUGUUUUGUUUGUAUGUGCCCUGCGAUUGGCUGGCAACCAGAUCAGGGUGUACCCCGCCUCCUGCCCGAUGAUAGCUGGGAUAGGCUCCGACACGCCCGCGACCCUAGUGAGGAGAAGCGGCUCAGAAAAUGGAUGGAUGGAUGGAUGGACUCAAUAACGGUUGGGUAACAGUGCAUUAGACCAUUACUGUAGUGUUUCUCAACCUUUAUUGAGCCAAGGUACAUAUUUUCCAUUGGAAAAAUCUCACAGCACACCACCAAACAAAACUGUAACAAAGUAUAUAGUGUUCCCCCACUAAUCACAACUGGGACCAAGUAAUUGAACACCCCUUAAAAGUUUUUUAAUGACCUAUAGAUGGCAGCAAAGCAUGAUCUUACAAUUAGACUGCUAUGGCAUUUGUAAAUACCGCCCCUCCCCUCUCUUCAACAUAGUUCCUUAUCUUGGUCCCAAAGCACUACUUUUAUAUUAGACAGGGCUUGGGCGUAAGCACAGAAACGGCAAACAGUUUUUCAACAAAUAACAGGAGAGUUUCUCCGCUCGAAAAAAUCAGCGAGUGCCAACUCACAAAUAUCCAGGGUAGCACGGUAUACUAAAUGAUGAUCGUCUCAUUCUCAUCAUUACAAAAAAAACAAAACUGGCAUAAAUAGAUGGACAAUGAUACAUUAUUUGUCGUAAAGAAUUCAUUAUUUUAUUUUACCAAUAAAGUGAAAUUUGAUCAUUUCCGGCAACAAUGCAUUUCCUUUCCACAGUCCAUUACUAGUUAACUUGGUUGUGUUUUGUCUAACGGACACCAGCCGACACUUCUCUCAGGGUUGAUUUAGAAAGCAUUCAAGAAUCUCCAUGAAAGCGCAGAGCUCUCCUUUCCAUUUGUUGCUAAACGCCACACACUCCUUUGAGCUUCCCAGGUGUUCCCCGCCCCUUUCAAAAACUAGCCCACGCUCAGCUUUUGGUUGUAUAUACCCAAAUCUGUUUCCAUUGUAAAUAAUACCUAGGUUUAUCUCUUUGUAUGUAAAUGGUUGUAGAAACGUUUAUUUUUUUGUUUUGUUUUUGUCGUUCUAAAUCACUGCUUUUCCCCCAAAGAUGUUUUCUGUCAUCUUUUUGGGGAAAUUAUUUCCCUGUGUCAACUGUCAUGCCACUCAAACUUUAUCAAUAAAACACACUUUUCUAAAGAAACGUUA